AACGGUCUUCCCUGGCCUACCCGGGAGACUCCUCUAGGGCUGUGUCGAGGAGGGCAGCCCCCAGGAGUCUCCACGCCGCCAGCUGUUGUGUCUUCCUGUUUUGUCACCACGGCAACGGUGACCUCAGCCCUCCACCCUGCUCACUGGGGUGGGGCGGGAGCUCCACGCUACUUUUACUCUGGGGGCGUGGUCUGCUCUUGGCCCCGCCUCAGGGCGGGGCUGGGAUAGCCCAGGCUCGGGGAAGUCCCUGUCCACCGCCCUAGCUGGAGCUGCGCCCCGCCCCGGCCCCGCCCCCGUCCCGCCCGCGCUGGCUCCCCAGCCCUCCAACCCCACCCAGCCCUCAGACCCUUCCAGCUGCCGCUGUCGUCUUUGCUUCAGCCGCAGUCGCCACUGGCUGCCUGAGGUGCUCUUACAGCCUGUUCCAAGUGUGGCUUAAUCCGUCUCCACCACCAGAUCUUUCUCCGUGGAUUCCUCUGCUAAGACCGCUGCCAUGCCAGUGACGGUAACCCGCACCACCAUCACAACCACCACGACGUCAUCUUCGGGCCUGGGGUCCCCCACGAUCGUGGGGUCCCCUCGGGCCCUGACACAGCCCCUGGGUCUCCUUCGCCUGCUGCAGCUGGUGUCUACCUGCGUGGCCUUCUCGCUGGUGGCUAGCGUGGACGCCUGGACGGGGUCCAUGGGCAACUGGUCCAUGUUCACCUGGUGCUUCUGCUUCUCCGUGACCCUGAUCAUCCUCAUCGUGGAGCUGUGCGGGCUCCAGGCCCGCUUCCCCCUGUCUUGGCGCAACUUCCCCAUCACCUUCGCCUGCUACGCGGCCCUCUUCUGCCUCUCGGCCUCCAUCAUCUACCCCACCACCUAUGUCCAGUUCCUGCCCCACGGUCGUUCGCGGGACCACGCCAUCGCCGCCACCUUCUUCUCCUGCAUCGCGUGUGUGGCUUACGCCACCGAAGUGGCCUGGACCCGGGCCCGGCCCGGCGAGAUCACUGGCUAUAUGGCCACCGUACCCGGGCUGCUGAAGGUGCUGGAGACCUUCGUGGCCUGCAUCAUCUUCGCGUUCAUCAGCGACCCCAACCUGUACCAGCACCAGCCGGCCCUGGAGUGGUGCGUGGCGGUGUACGCCAUCUGCUUCAUCCUAGCGGCCAUCGCCAUCCUGCUGAACCUGGGGGAGUGCACCAACGUGCUACCCAUCCCCUUCCCCAGCUUCCUGUCGGGGCUGGCCUUGCUGUCUGUCCUCCUCUAUGCCACUGCCCUUGUUCUCUGGCCCCUCUACCAGUUCGAUGAGAAGUAUGGCGGCCAGCCUCGGCGCUCGAGAGAUGUAAGCUGCAGCCGCAGCCAUGCCUACUACGUGUGUGCCUGGGACCGCCGACUGGCUGUGGCCAUCCUGACGGCCAUCAACCUACUGGCGUAUGUGGCUGACCUGGUGCACUCUGCCCACCUGGUUUUUGUCAAGGUCUAAGACUCUCCCAAGAGGCUCCCGUUCCCUCUCCAACCUCUUUGUUGUUCUUGCCCGAGUUUUCUUUAUGGAGCACUUCUUUCCCCCGCCUUUCCUCUGUUUUCCUCUUCCUGUCUCCCCUCCCUCCCACCUUUUUCUUUCCUUCCCAAUUCCUUGCACUCUAACCAGUUCUUGGAUGCAUCUUCUUCCUUCCCUUUCCUCUUGCUGUUUCCUUCCUGUGUUGUUUUGUUGCCCACAUCCUGUUUUCACCCCUGAGCUGUUUCUCUUUUUCUUUUCUUUUCUUUUUUUUUUUUUUUUUUUAAGACGGAUUCUCACUCUGUGGCCCAGGCUGGAGCGCAGUGGUUCGAUCUCGACUCACUGCAACCCCCACCUCCUGGGUUCAAGCGAUUCUCCUGCCCCAGCCUCCCAAGUAGCUGGGAGGACAGGUGUGAGCUGCCGCACCCAGCCUGUUUCUCUUUUUCCACUCUUCUUUUUUCUCAUCUCUUUUCUGGGUUACCCGUUGGCUUUCUUAUCUGCCUGUUUUGCAACCACCUUCUCCUGUGUCCUUGGGAGCCCUGAGACUUCUUUCUCUCCUUGCCUCCACCCACCUCCAAAGGUGCUGAGCUCACAUCCACACCCCUUGCAGCCGUCCAUGCCACACAUUGCCAAAGCAUGCCUGCCCACCCUCGCUGUGCCUUAGUGUGUACGUGUGUGUGUGUGUGUUUGUGUUUGGGGGGUGGGGGCUGGGUAGCUGGGGAUUGGGCCCUCUUUCUCCCAGUGGAGGAAGGUGUGCAGUGUACUUCCCCUUUAAAUUAAAAAACAUAUAUAUAUAUAUAUUUGGAGGUCAGUAAUUUCCAAUGGAGGGGAAGGCUUUAAGCACAGACCCUGGGUCCCUAGGCCCCGCCUGGCACUCAGCCUUGCCAGAGAUUGGCUCCAGAAUUUUUGCCAGGCUUACAGAACACCCACUGCCUAGAGGCCAUCUUAAAGGAAGCAGGGGCUGGAUGCCUUUCAUCCCAACUAUUCCCUGUGGUAUCAAAAAAAAAAAAAAAAAAAAAAAAGGAGUCGGGGCCGGGCGUGGUGGCUCACGCCUGUAAUCCCAGCACUUUGGGAGACCAAGGCAGGCAAUCAUCUGAGGUCAGGAGUUCAAGACCAGCCUGGCCAACAUCGUGAAAACAUGUCUCUAUUAAAAAUACAAAAAUUAGCUGGGCGUGGUGGCGGGCGCCUGUAAUCCCAGCUAUUUGGGGGGACUGAGACAGGAGAAUCCCUUCAACCCAGGAGGUGGAGGUUGCAGUAAGUCAAGAUGGCACCACUGUGCUCCAGCCUGGGCGACAGAGCGAGACUCCAGCUCAAAAAAAAAAAAGGAAUCGGACGAAGAACCACAGGAUGUUGAAGAGAACUGUCUGAAGUAUUUGUGAGGGACAGUGAUGUGGCCCUCUGUGUUAAAAAUAACGUGUCCUGCUUUGGCAGAGAGAAGAAAAUGGCCACUGCCCGCUUUCAAGGCAAGAUCAACCUUUUUUGUUUUGUUUUGUUUUUCUUUCUUUUUCCUGGCCAUGAGGACAAAAAUUACUGAGUGGCCCUUAAAGAGGGAAGUUUGUUUUCAGCUGUUGUCUUUUGCCCGUAGGUGGGAGGGUGGGGAUUGCUGCGUCCUAGCUAGAAGAAUGGCUUUGCUUGAAUGUGUAGUGCACACGCACGGGUGUUUCUGUGUGCUAGUUGCUUCUUGCUGCUGCUUCCUGCUUGUCUGGGACUCACAUACAUAACGUUAUAUAUAUAUAUAUAUAUAUAUAAAUGUAUAAGUAUAUAUUUUAUUUUUUUUUAAUUCCCUGGAGCUUCUGGUUCCUAUCAGUUCCUGUUGUUAAUUGUAAAACCGUUGUCCCUUCCCCCAUUCCCGUAUCCAUCAUGUUCUUUUUCUUUUAAAUAUAAAUAUAAAGAUAAAAGAAGGA